AUGGACUCUGCGCCGACCAUCCAGACUGCGCUCUUCACGUCUGCCGAGCUGCUUUCACAGCCAUGGCUUUCCGAUCUGACUCGGAUGAUCAACGCCAGCUAUCUAGUUAUGCACACAGAGAAAAUUCAAUUCUCACAAGACAAAAUCAGAUUGUUCUCCGAUUCUGAACUCACGGAAGAACUUGGUUCUGAUGGCUUCACCGCAGUUGCAUUCGCGUCCAGUAGUCCCGACUCUCUCGAAGUGGUCGGCACGGCCAGCAUGAAGCCAUGGAAAGACGAUGGACUGUGGGAAUCCCAUGAUUAUGAAGAUUUCAGCGACGAAUCAAGUGAAGAUGUGGUCAAUGCCAAAGUGGACCAGAUCUUCCAAAAACAUGCCUGUCCUGGGGACUAUGAGCUCGCGGUCGUGGCCAUUCCGCCCGAUGCUCGAUUCCGCGGGAGAGGAAUGGCAGGACGUCUGGUGAAAGUUUGCGAAGACGAACUUUUACGCCGUCGAAGCGAGAAUGGGAAGGGAAGUGUUCCAGCGCGGAUUAUGAUCCGAGUGGCUAAAGAGAACUCCGGCGACUACUGGUUGAAGCAAGGCUUCAAGGUAGUGGGUAGUCAAAAGUGCCCAAAGGGUUUCUGGGAUGCAGCAGAAGAAUUUACCAUGUGGGCAAUGGUGCGUGAGCUGAGUCUCAAGUGA